AUGUCUCCUGCCCUCACCACCGAGACCACCUGGACCCUUCCCCCCUCACCGACUGCUCUCAAGGCGGCAGCACAAGCGACGGCCACCACGACCCCCACCACCACCGCGCCAUACUACAAUGCGCGCUUAGACCCCCGAAACUUCCUCGAAGGCCCUCUCUCUGCUGACCCCGCUACCCGUCUUCGUCAAAUGCUUGCCCGACCUGGUAUCGUCGUCGCGCCAGGAAUCUGCGACGGUAUAUCCGCUCGAUGCGCAGUCGAAGCCGGAUUCGACUGCCUUUACCAAAGUGGUGCCGCAACCACAGCUUCGAGGCUUGGCCAACCUGACCUGGCUAUUGCUACUUUGAACGACUUUGUUGGAGCGGCGGAGAUGGUAUGCAGCUUGAACCCGACGGUACCCGUCAUCGCGGACGCCGACACUGGUUUUGGCGGCGCUAACAUGGUUGCCCGCACUGUGACAAAAUACGCCCGUGCUGGUGUUGCUGGCCUCCACAUCGAGGACCAGGUCCAGACCAAGCGCUGCGGUCAUCUCCUCGGCAAACAGGUCGUUUCCCGGGAAGAGUACAUCACUCGAAUCCGCGCCGCCGUCCAGGCUCGCGAUGCCAUCCCUGGAUCCAACUUUGUUGUCAUUGCCCGCACUGACUCAGCUCAAUGCCUCGGCUGGGAAGAGGCUCUGUUGCGUUUGAAGUUGGCGAGCCAAGUUGGCGCCGACGUGCUCUUCAUCGAGGGCGUCAAGACCAAGGAGCUGCUUGAGGAGACUGUCUCGACACUCGCACCCAAACCGGUCCUCGUCAACGUCAUAUCUGGUGGCCUGACCCCCUCGUUCACCUCCCAAGACGCCGAGGCUAUGGGGGCCAAGAUCAUCAUCUUCUCCCUUGCCUCUUGCGUUCCUAUGGUCCAUGCUCUUCGCUCUGCUUUCCAAAGCCUCAAAAACACCGGCACCGACUUCGUCGCCGCCCAGGGCAUGGGCCCACGCGAGUUCUUCGAAGUGAUGGGCCUUCGGAACGCGAUCGAGCUUGACGCAAAAGCUGGCGGAACCGCCUACACCUCCAUCUAG